UAUGAAUAAUGGCCGCCUUCGUAGCGAUGGCCGGAACGGAAAAUAACACAAAAGGCAUGUUAGAGGUUUUCAGUUGACUAGAAAGACUGCGAGGCGCCGGUUACCCCUUCCUACCCCCUUUACCGGACGGAUGGGUGGAGGGGGUUUGGCCAAAGGAUACAAGAAACGAAAAGAGACUUUAAAGGAGUAUAGUGAAAGCUAAGUGGGGAGCUAGCGCUAGCUGGCUAACAACACGGUUGUCACUACCGGGGAACGAACCCGAGGAACCACAACAGCUGUGUGUCGGAAGGCCUGAAUGAAACGGUGACUCCGCUGACUGAUCAAACCGCCGGCCUGUCGCUAAUAUGAGCGGACCGGGUCAGGACAGCGAGCCUGAGGCGAAAGUCCUGCUUAUAAAGCGGCUUUACAGGGCUGUGGUGGAAUCUGUGCACAAGCUGGAUGUCAUCAUCGGCAGCAAGUCGUCGUACAGAGAAGUCUUCAAGCCGGAGAACAUCAGCCUCCGGAACAAGCUGAGAGAGCUGUGUGUGAAAUUGAUGUUCCUUCAUCCCGUCGACUACGGCCGCAAGGCUGAGGAGCUGCUCUGGAGGAAGGUUUACUAUGAGGUCAUCCAGGUUAUCAAGACAAACAAGAAGCACAUCCACAGUCGGAGCGCCCUAGAGUGUGCUUACAGAACUCACCUCAUCGCCGGCGUGGGUUUCUACCAACAUCUGCUGCUCUACAUCCAAUCACAUUACCAGCUGGAGCUGCAGGACUGCAUCGAUUGGACGCACGUCACCGAUCCUCUCAUUGUUUUCACAGGAAUGCCUUUUAACCAACUGGGAACACUGGCUGGGAGCAAGUUCUACAAUGUUGAAGCAACCUACUACUACUUACGAUGCAUCCAAUCAGAUACUCCGUUUGAGGGCGCCUAUGGCAACCUGAAGCGCCUGUUCGACAAGGCAGCCAAGAUGUACCACCAGGUGAAGAAGCAGGAGAUGAAGAAGCUGUCCCCGUCCCGCCAAAGGUCGAAAGAAGCCAGUCUCCGCCUCACCCAGAGAGAUGGAGUGGGCUCAGAUGGCCUGUCAUCGCUGUCUGGUCUACCUCGGAGAUCUGGUUUGAUGGAGACGGAGCUGACUUCUCUCUGCCAGUCGGUGCUGGAGGACUUCAACCUGGUCCUCUUUUAUCUUCCGGCUCCAACACACGGGGGCGCCCCGCCCUGUCCAAGCGAGGAAGAGGAGGAGCAGCCGCAGCACAGCGACAGCUCCUAUCCCGUUCUGCCUGACAACCUCAUCUUCAAGAUGGUGGUUACAUGCCUGAUGGUGGUUCACAGCCUUAAGAGAGGAGGAUCAAAGCAGUACAGCGCCUCAAUAGCUUUCACUCUGGCCCUGUUUUCACACCUCGUGAACCACGUGAACAUCCGGCUGCAGGCCGAGCUGGAGGACGGGGAGAGCCAGGUGCCUCCGCUUCACACCGACGCUGCAGAUGACCUUGAGAUGAGAGAUUUGUCAAUUGCAGAGGUGGAUCCUUCCAGGGAGAGGCCUCUGCAGAAUGGCUCUCUAGAGCAGGAGGAUGAGGAGGACAAGGAUGAAGACGGCGGUGAGCGAGCCAAAGUUAAAAAGCUCAGCAGUGAAGAAGAAGACCAGCGGAAGACUGAGGAGGAGAAACAGAGGCAGAAGAAGAAGUACACCCGCCUGUCUCGGCUGCGCCGCCGUCGCUGCGCACACAAAGGCGGUCCAGGAGAGGACGAAAGCGAUCUGAGCGAAGGAUUCGAGAGCGAAGAGGACGAGGAAGAUGAUGAAGGAGGAAGGGUCCGCGCUGAUUCGAUGGGCGGAACGGCAGCGGACGAGCCGCUUAACCCCGGAUCUGGGACGAAGGAGAUGAGGAGGGAUGCCCUGGGUGAGGAAGGCGGCUGGGAAAGCGGCUCUGAGGAAGAGGAAGGAGGAACAGCUUUUGAUGUGGAGACCGACUCUGACAUGAACAGCCAAGAGUCCCGCUCAGACCUGGAAGACAUCGAGGAAAGCGAAAACGCAGAAGGUCAGGCCCAGCAGCACGAGGAGGAAGAGGAAGACCAACCCAAGGCAAAGGGAGAAGAGAGGGAUGGGGAGACUCCUCCCAGCUCCAACGGGCCCCUGGUGCAAAGCGACUCCAGCAUCAGCAGCAACCUGCAGGCCAUGUCCUCCCAACUCUUCCAGUCCAAACGCUGCUUCCGCCUGGCUCCAACGUUCAGCAACAAGCUCCUGAGGCCUGCUCCCGCUUCGUCUUUGGGAAUUCCUGCCCCCACGGAAACCUCUGCUCCUCCCUCCCAGGAGACGCCCCCUCCUCCUGGAGAUUUACACUGCGACCUGAACCCUGGUACUGCCAACGGAACAAACGACAAUGACCUCGGCUCUGACUCAGAGGAAAGUCAGCACAGCACCCAGUCUGCACACAGUGAAAAAACCCUGUUGGAGAAGCUGGAGAUUUUGACCAAUCAGGGCUUAAUGCAGAUCGUGAAGGUCUUCAUCGAUUGGCUCAGGACAAACACAGAUAUUAUCCUCAUGUGUGCACAGAGUUCCCAGAGCUUGUGGAACCGUCUGUCUGUUUUGUUAAACCUCCUUCCAGAUGGCAGCAAGAUGCUCGAGGCUGAUCUGGGGUUGAACGCAGAGGUGACAGAAAUGUUAAAGGAGUGCGAACAGCCGGGAUUGGUCCAGGCUCUGCUGCUGCCGGAAGACGUGGCUCUGCAACACCUCCCCGCUCUCGGUGUAGCUCACCGCCGCCUGGACUUUACUCGACGCAACACCUCCCUCACUCCCCUGCAGGAGUGUGUGGUGCGAGUCUGUUGCAUCCGCAGUUUUGGCCACUUCCUGACAAAUCUCCAAGGCAACGUCCUGCACUUCAACCCAGAGGCGGGCAUCUUCACCAGCAUCAGCCAGUCGGAGCAGGAUAAUCUGGUGCAGCAGGCCAAGGCCCAGUUCAGGAUGGCUGAAGAGGAAGCUCGUAGGAAUCGUUUAAUGAGAGACAUGGCCCAGCUUCGACUCCAGUUAGAGGUUUCACAGCUAGAGGGCAGCCUUCAGCAGCCUAAAGCUCAGUCCUCCAUGUCUCCUUAUCUUGUUCCUGAUGCCGCCGCCCUCUGCCAGCAUCUAAACCUCAUCAGACAGCUGGCUGGCAGCGGCUGCUUCAUCAUCAUCAUCCCAAGAACAGUGAUUGACGGAUUGGACCGGUUAAAAAAGGAAAAUCCGGGUGCGAGAGACGGCAUUCGCUUUCUGGAGUCGGAGUUCCGCAAAGGCAACAGGUACAUACGCUGUCAGAAGGAGUCUGGUCGCACUUUUGAAAGAGACAAACUCAAACGGCAGGACAUGGAAGCUUGGCAUCUGUACAAGAUGGUGGACAGCUGCCGCCAGCUGACGGUGUCCCAGAGCAACGGAGACGAAGACACGGCCGGCAUGGUGACCAUCCUGACAGGCCAUGAUGUAGACGAGCUCUGCUCUCGGUCUGCAGCCAUGAAGUCAGCGACUCAGGCCGCUUCCUCCGCAGGCAUGGAGCUGAAGAACAUCGCAGAGUUUUACCGUCAGUGGAAGGAGAUCGGCUGAAAGCUCAAAGGGGGGCAGCUGUCUGUGCUGCGAGCAGCUGAUCGAUCACAACACUCGCUCCCUCUCUCUCUCCCACUCUUUUGCUCUGUGUGUAUCUGCGUCUCCAAAAAGGAAACAAAACUCCAAAGAAAGCUGGACGGAAGAGUUAAAAGGUUUUUUUUAAGAGGGCCGGACACGGAAAUAAAGCAGAGUUCAAAAAAUAAAAUAAAAAAAUGUAAAAAAGCAAAAGAAGAAACGCAGGCGAAACGACGCUAUAAGCAGCAGCCGAUCUCCCACCUCUCUGUUUGUUAAACAUAAAGCGUGAGCGCCUGCAGCGGUCAGUGGGGGGGGGAGGAAACGGUGGGAAGGGCGCUGCAGAGAUUCAGGUGCCCCUGGUUCACCUCUAACCAGGAAUACACUGUAUAUGUUAGCAAACGAGUACAUUUGUGUUGAGAGAAACCGCACACAAACUCAUUCACGCUAAGAUGAAUCCAUAUAGAUUUUUAGAGCAGUGGUCUGGAUGUCCCUUCCCUCUUUCCUUCAGUAUGAUUUCCUGGAACAGGGUCAGGAAUGUGAGUCUGGUUGGGCGACAGGAGGCGGCGCAGCCCGACGUCCGUCGCUCAGAAACAAGCCGGGCGCCUCCUAAUUCAACGGCUUUAAGGAAGGAUUAUAGAAAACAGACUUUUUGUUUUUCUUCUGUCUUUAUUUUGGUUUUCAAAUAUUUUUUUUUCCUUUUUGUGGUGUACCUUUGUGACCAGUGAUGUAUGUUUUGUGCUUUUCUUGUCUGAGAAAAGAAAGGAAAAAAAA